GAUCCACUUGGGAUGGAAUCUGGAGCCAUACCUGAUGGAAGCAUCACUGCAUCUUCAUCCUACCAUUAUGAUUUACGGCCCUUCUACGCUCGGUUAAACGUUCGCAGCAACGGAGGUGGCUGGGCAGCCACAACCAGCAUCAUCGGACAAUGGUUGCAGGUUGAUUUGGGAGAGAUGAAGCGCGUCACGGGCACCAUCAUUCAGGGUCGUAACCGGGACGAACAGUGGGUGACGUCAUACAAACUCCGGUACAGUGCAGAUGGGACUGUUUGGACCACAUAUGCGGGGAGCGACGGAUCUGACAUGGUUUUUCCAGGCAACGCGGACAUGAACACUCCUGUGACGAACCUACUGGACAAUCCCAUUGCUGCCCGUUAUGUGCGCUUCUAUCCUCAAACCUGGCAUAUUCACAUGAGCAUGAGGGUGGAGAUUCUAGGCUGCAGCACUGACAUCCGGAUUACCAGCCCUACUUCGGACGGUUAUACGGAGUUCGUGGCGGAGGUGGCUGGGCAGCCCAAACAAACGUCAUUGGAGAAUGGUUGCAGGUUUUUCCAGGCAACACGGACACAAACACGCCUGUAA